AUGUUGCCAAAUGCUGCUGUCUAUUACUUCCCAUGGGAGAUCAACGGCUCAGUCACAGAUGGAGAGGCACUGAGGACAUUUGGCAGGUUAAGCAGCUACGACCUGGCCCGCUCUGAAGCCGUUCUCACCACUUGGCACCGCACGGCCCAGCACCGGGUGUGCGUCGACACCAGCUUCGUGGAGCCCUUCCAAGCCCAGCUGGGCUCUCUCUACAUGGUUCUGGGGGAGGCCGAGCACAGGGAAGGUGAGGGUCCUGUGGUGAAGGCCCGAAUAUUGACCUGCGUGGAGGGGAUGAACCUGCCCUUGCUGGAACAAGCUGUCCAGGAGCAGAGAAAAUACCUCCAGGAGAGGCAGCAGCGUGUGGGAACCGGCAUGUCCUGA